CUUUUGGCCAAAUUUCCAUUCCCACAUACCCCAAAUGCCCCGGAAAUGUUUAUAUUUGCCUUCCAUCCAUUUGUUUGCAGCUAUCAUCUUCAUCUCCUUCUUUUCCAAGAGAACCAAAAAAGGAGUGAGAAUGGAUUCCAAUACUCCUCCAUUCAAGAUAAUUUUGGGGUCUAAGUCAAAAGCAAGAAGGGAAAUAAUGGUGGAGAUGGGUUACGAAUUCACAAUCAUGACUGCUAAUAUUGAUGAAAAAGCUAUACGCAAAGAAAAACCAGAAGAUUUGGUCAUGGCCCUCGCUGAGGCGAAGGCUGAUGCCAUCAUCUCAAAGCUUCAAAUUGCUGAUAAACAAGUGAACGAUAGUGAGCCAACACUUCUUAUUUCAGCUGACACAGCAGAAGCCACAUUAACAAAGCCUUCCAACGGUGAUCUCAGAACUGAUGCAGGACCCUCUAUCUUAAUUACAGGCGACCAAGUGGUGGUUUAUGAAGGGAUGAUAAGAGAGAAGCCAUCUAGCAAAGAGGAAGCUCGGCAGUACUUGAAAGAUUAUUCUGGCAGGAAGGCUUCAACUCUGAGCUCUGUUCUUGUGACAAACCUUCAGACAGGUUUCAGGAAAGGGGAAUGGGAUAAAGUGGAGAUUUUAUUCGAUGAGAUACCAGAUGAAACUAUUGAGAAGCUCAUCGAAGAGGGUGAAGUGCUGCACGUUGCUGGUGGUUUAAUAAUUGAACAUCCUCUCAUAUUACCCUUGGUUAAGCAAGUGGUUGGGACAACCGACAGUGUGAUGGGCCUUCCAAAAGCAGUAACGGAGAGAUUAAUAGCAGACUCGCUCUAGGUCGGUGAUUAAGGAGAUCAUUAUGUUCCUUCUUUCUAACAAGACUUGGUUUCGUUGAUGAAGCACAACUUAGAGCUCGUUCGUUAAGUACAAUUCUAUUUUCGGCUUUCGUGGACAUUGUGGCAUUGAUCAUCUUCACCUAUUUUUCAUACCAAAGCAGAAUACACAAUAUAUACUCUUACCAUUGGACAUUGGUUAGACAAAAUAUUAAUGAAUGAUCUAAACUUGCUACUCAUUUUGUUAUGUAUUUUGCUUCUUGCCAAAUAUUUCUUAUAUAGUACUCCGUACAAAAUACUUAAAUAACAUGAUCUUAAAUAUUAUAAAUCUUUUUUUCCAUCUGCUAAA